AUGGCUGCAAAAAAGAAAUUGUUUUCCGAUCGCAAGAUGAAAGAACCAGAAAGAAAAGGUAAUGAAAAAAUAUCUGCAAGCCGCGGAACUGCUGAAACGCAGCCAGCAGUUACUGCUGGCCGCGAACGCGGAGGCAGCCGCCCACGCGACUACGGCGGCACGGGUUCGCCGGAUGUCCACGGCAGAGCUACGCCGGGACCCGGUACUGUGGGUAGCCUACACCCGCGGGUGGGACGACCAAAAUCGUUUAAACCGCCAUCACCGCCCUUGACGAGGAAAGUGGACCAGAAAAGUGCUCAAAGAACACCGCCAGAACAGACGACAACAGCGCAACCACAAAAUUCGAGGCAACGCUGGAACCAGUCUCGGAUGCGGGAAUACCGGGGACAGAAAAAGGCCGCCAAUCCCACCACCUCCCAACAGUACCGCCUGGAAAAACCGGCACCCUCAACCACCCAACCGGCACCAGGCCCAAUGUCCCUGGAGGCAACCAACACGCCUGUCCCCGAGGCCAAGACACCGGAGGUAGCAAUGCCUACUGGACAAACCGAGGCCACGGAACAACCGGCCACCGCCACUUCAAUACCGGUCGAUAUGAAGACAUCACCGGAUGAGGAGAAGGAGCUGCUGUGUGACAUGAUGGAUGUUGGUCCCCCAGACGACGUGGACACGGUGUUCCAAAUCACCAGCCCCGACCCCACGACGUCACCCCCGACAUGA